UAGCGAACCUUGCCCCGUGUAGUCUGCGGCUGUCUCUCUACCGGGCUGGAGCACCUAAGGUCGCUACCUCUCACAGCCUCUCUCAUCCUGAAGGUGUCUGCUCUCUUACCGUCAGGGCGUGCCAUGCUUCGAGGACCUCAUCUGAUUGACUCUGUUGACAUCUCCUCUCACUGUGAAGGCAUCUCUCACCAACAACAUUCGAGCCCUAGUUUGAGAGAACACACAAGCGUGCCACGUACAUGAACGAUCCGGGUAUUACACUGUGGUUCCACUUGAGACACUCCUGUACAGUCCGGAUUGUUCCCCAUGAGGAGGUGAGUGUGUUGUCAGGAGUUCCACGCUGACGUCACCAAGCUCAGGGCGGAUGACGGCUCCAGAUCCCAGAUAACAGUAAAGAUGAUCUGCUGAUUCACCAAUUCGAAAGGAAUUUUCGCUUACCACAAAGAGACCGCAGCUCUAAGAAGUAGAGAGCUGUAGCACUGACCUUGACUCUAGAAGACAUGAUAGCUACAAACCUACAAGAAUCUCGGCUACAGAAGUAACUGAAAAGCAACAACAAGUGAGAAGUAGAUAGAGAAACAGAGAGAGACAGAGAGACAGAAACAGAGCGACUGCCACCAUUUCCUACACGACAAGUAUUGUGUCACCUCAAGCACCAACAUAUUGCCUCUCGUCCGUGCCUGACUUCUGGGAGACGACAAAACAUAUAUACAAAAUAUUCGAGCAGUGAAGAUCAAGCUCCACCGUCACCAUGGACCACAAGAAUGGGGUGAUUAUCAGGCCUGUUCCGGGCACCAUAACACCAGCUGUGGACACUAAGGAGCAGGAUGGGUGGCCUGGACCUACUUUACAGGAAAGGGGCCUUCAGAGCUCCGUCAACACAAUCUAUGUCCCGACAGAAAGGGACAUGAAUGGUACCAUGAGGACCCCCAGCUCCGGCCACGUCCUUGAUGAAGAAGCCAUCGAAAAGCCAAUUUCGAACUGCGAGACGAUGAUCCACGUGCUGAAGGGUAAUGUGGGCACAGGACUGUUGGCAAUGCCAGAAGCCUUCAUGAACGCUGGGCUCUGGGUGGGCUUCGCGGGCAUCCCUAUCAUGGGCAUCAUCUGUAUUCACUGCAUGAAUAUCCUGGUCACGAGUUCGAAGGAGUUGUGUGGACGGCAGGGGGUGAGGGCCAUGAGUUACGAGGAAACAGCGUCCAUGGCGUUCAAGCUUGGCCCCGAGGGAUGCCGCAGGUGGCACCGGGUCGUGUACUACAUCAUCACCACCUUCCUCGUCAUCACCCAGGUCGGCUUCUGCUGCGUCUACUUCGUCUUCAUUCCCCAGAACAUCCAGGAGGCUGUCAAGUGCAUGACCACCAGCGGCACCAGCAUCUCCCUCCUGGCGUACACUGCCAUCUUCAUACUGCCGCUGCUGCUUAUUUCUUUCAUCCCCAACAUCAAGUACCUGGCGCCGGUGUCCAUGAUGGCAGGAGUGAUCCAGAUAGCAGGCAUCAUCAUAUGUUUCUACUACAUGGUGAGGGACCUUCCUCACAUCCACGAGGACCUCCCUGCCUUCGCCGGAUGGUCGACCCUGCCUCUCUACUUCGGCACUGCUAUCUACUCUUUCGAGGGUAUCGGACUGGUACUGCCGCUGGAGAACAAGAUGAAGACCCCGGGAGCAUUUGGGGGACUCAGCGGUGUCCUCAACACAAGCAUGUUGAUCGUGAUGUGUCUGUUUGCUUCCUUCGGCUUCUUUGGCUACCUCCAGUACGGCAGCACUGUCCAGGGGUCCAUCACUCUCAACCUUCCCGCCAGCGACCCACUGGCGGAGGCGGUGAAGAUCGCGAUGGCGCUGUCCGUGCUCCUGACCUACCCGCUGCAGAUGUAUGUACCCUUCGAGAUACUGAUCCCCUCCGUCACCAGGCGGUUCACCACCAAGAAGGGCAAGCUGGUGGCUGAGUACGCCUUCAGGACCGCAAUGGUUCUCCUGACCUUCGUGUUGGCAGCAUCCAUCCCUAACAUUGGGUUGUUCAUCUCCCUGGUCGGAGCCGUGAGCAGCUCCACCCUCGCCUUGAUCUUCCCUCCAAUCAUUGAGCUGGUGACCUUCUGGCCCAAUACUGGAAGAUGCCACUGGGUCCUCAUCAAGAAUGUGCUCAUCUGCGCGUUUGGUCUGGUGGGCUUCGCCACUGGCACAGUCAGCAGCAUCCAGAGCAUCAUUGACUUCAUGGUUAAUGGGCAGAAACAGCUCCCCCCAGCCUGCUAGGCUUACCCCGGGGGUCUGAAGUCUCUCACCCCAGGGGGGCUGAAGUCUCUCACCCCGGGGGUCUGAAGUCACUCACCCCAGGGGGGCUGAAGUCUCUUACCCCGGGGGCCUGAAGUCACUCAACCGGGGGGCCUGAAGUCUCUUACCUCGGGGGUCUGAAGUCACUCGCCCCGGGGGACUGAAGUCACUCAACCGGGGGGCCUGAAGUCUCUUACCUCGGGGGUCUGAAGUCACUCACCCCGGGGGACUGAAGUCACUCAUCCCGGGGGGGGCUGAAGUCACUCACCCCGGGGGCCUUAAGUCGCUUGCCCCGGUGAGGGGCCUGAAGUCACUCAUCCCGGGCCUGAAGUCACUUACCCCGGUGAGGGGCCUGAAGUCACUCAUCCCGGGGGCUUGAAGUCGUCAGGCCAGAACUCGCUCAUAAGGCUCCUUGGUCAUCACCUUCUGACAUCCUUUAAAAAGGGAGAGGUGGAUAGAACCUAUUGGACAUAAAGCUAAGAAAUCGUUGGACAAAUGCUAAAGACAUCCUGGACACCGAUGUCACUCACUGGACUAAUGAUGGUAUUACAAAUCAGAAGAACUUAUAUUACAAUACUCAAAAAUAUCAUUACAUAAUGGUAUUGUGUAAUAAAAUUAUAUGGAAUUUAUAUUCUAGAUUUUACAUUAACAAUGUAUUUAUUACAAAAAUAUACCAGAUCUUUUAA